UACUUUCCUUGCCAGUCCAGACUUCGCAAUUAAAAUAAAACAUCUAGAUGACGGAGAUACUUCCAACCGGAACUACGUCACCUACAUGCUUUACUCUACCUGUACCCCAGUUUUAUUUUUUGCGCCGAAGAGUUCAGACGUUAAAAAAUAUUUUCAAAGUUAUUUAAUUUAUAUAGUUUAAGAUAUGAGAAGUGAAGGCUCGGAUGCCUAUGUCGAGGAAGACACUUCUUCUGUGUUAGAGGAUAAUACAAUGGCCUCCGACAAAGUCACUUCCGCUCCCGGGAAGAAAGGUAAGAAACGUACUUCUUCUCGUAGCAAGAAAGACAAUUUGUCAGACUUAGAAAGUCGUAUGAUGACAAGAAUUGAACAACAGGACAAACAAGUCAAUUCUAUGACUGAAACAAUGGGUAAAUUAUUGGAUUUACUUCAAAACAAGUGUACUGACACCGGAAAUGAAGUUCCAAGGUCAGAACAUGAGAACCAAAAUACGGUCACAGUCGAGGCAUUUAGUGCUGCUCGCAGACCUCUUAUCCCGUUGAAUAGUGCUAUUAAUGAGCACCAAAAUAGCGGUGAUGAUAUUGAAACACUAUCUGUUCGAAUUUCGGAUUCAGAACGUCAAAAUAGUGGCUUUUUAUUCAGUGCAGAGGGCUCUGAGAAUUCUAGAAAUUCUGAUCAUGAAGAUGUCAAUACUUGUGACAGUAGAUCAGUUUUAGGUAAAUCUGGUGAACAUGACAGGUUCCAGAAAUAUUUAGGUAACAGAAAUGAGAAAUCUUGUGAAACAGAGAAGCAAGAUAGUUCUGUGAGUCAUACACUAGGUGACAAGUUUGGUCUAGAUGCUUAUACGUCGUUAAAGACUGACAAAACAGGUUUAGUGUUAGAACAAAACCAAAUUGAUGUUUUACGUGGUUCUUGGAGAUCAGAGACUCCUCACAAAAUCACUAGUUAUAAGGAAAAUUAUAGACUGAGUUUUCCAAUAGAUGCAAGUUGUCAAGAAUACUUUAAUGUACCGACAAUGGACAAUACAGUAGAAAGUUUACUGAUGAAAAGAUAUGGUCCAAAGGCUGCUUUUGGCAGAGUCCCAAGUUUAUUUACCAAGAACUUAAAGUCACUUGAAAGGUUGGCUUAUCAGGGUCAAGUUGCGGCCCGCAUGGGAUUGAUCACGACUUGUUAUUUGCAACAAGCAAGUGGAAAUUUAUUGGAUAAUUUAACAUCUGAUUCACAAAAUUUAGAUAGUGCAAUUCAGAAUGUAAGAGACAUAUUUGCUUUGUCAACCAAAAGUUUAGAUCAGACUGCGAGAACUGGUGCUUUUCACCACAUGAUACGUCGUCGUGCUACCAUGUAUGAUACAGGUCUAAAUGAACUAAGAGACUAUGCUAACACAAUUGUGACUUUACCAUUAACAGCAGAUGGUAUAUUUGGAUCUCAGUUUGAUACCAAAAUGAAAGAGAAAACUGACAGAAAUAAGCAAUUAGCUGAAGUUUUACCUGAUAAUAGAAGAGUUACAGUUGGUUCACAGUUAGGUAAGAGAAAACCAACGGCUACAGUUACUUCAGAGUCAACAUUUGUGAAGAAGCCUAAAUUUGACAGUAACUUUAAGAUACCAAAGAAGAACUUUGGGGAGUUCAAGUCAUCUGGUAAACAGACGCAAGCUACCAAACCAUGGCAAUCACAACGUUCAGGAGGUGCUCAGACUUACAAGCACUGAGGAUAGGAGAGGGGUUUGUGAAUGUUCAGAAGAAAGGACUUGUUUUCUUGAGACCAGGUUUAUCAAAACAAGAUAGACCAAAUCAUUAUGGAACUAAAAUUUUUGUGCCUUACUUUGAACACAAUAAAAAAUUGGAUCCUAAAAGAGCCAUUGCGAUUUAUUUGAAACGCACAGAAGAAACAAGGAAAGAUGAAGGAAAACUUUUCUUGUCAACGGUUAAACCAUUCAAACCGGUUACAUCACAAACAAUUUCUAGAUGGUUAGUGAAUACCAUCAAAAUGGCAUAUGUAAAUACAGAUUUUAAAGUUAAAGCUCACAGUACGAGAGCAAUUGGACCUUCGUGGGCCUUAUUCAAUGGGGCUAGUAUGAAGAGUAUUUUAGAGUCCGCUGAUUGGUCUACUGAUACAACUUUCAUCAAGUUUUAUUUGAGAAAUGUAGAUGUUAAGGUUUUAUCCUGAUGUGUAUAUAACAGAUUGUUUUUAAAAUCAACCAAAAGACUGAUAUAUUUUAACUGUAAUGUGCAGUUCGAAAAAAAAAAAAAAAAAAAAGAUAAAAAGACUAAAGAAAAGAAGAAAAAAAAUAAAGACAUUGUAAAUAUUGUAUAGUGUACAGAAGAAUGUUUUUAAAAAUGAACAAGUGGUAUAAAGUAAAGAUUAUACCCAGGAUGAAGAGACGCAGAGCCAUAGAAAAUUACCCUACCACCAGAGAGGUAAGGCUUUGUAAU